AUGAUGGAUUUCAUAGGAGAAAUUAUAGAGCAUGAAACAGAGACACCUAAGGAACCAACUCCAAAGCCCACUCUUGGUGGAUUUCCUGAACUCAAGAAAUUAAAAGAAAAGAAAGUCUCAAGAUGGAAGCAAAAACAACAACAAGAACAGCAACAAAAGACAGCCUCCCAUAAACCAACUGAAACUCGUUCAGAGGCUUCCAAGAUUCAUCAAGAGAAUAUUGAAAAGAUGGCGCAAAUGUCCGAGGAAGAGAUUUUACAAGAACGAGAGGAAUUAUUAAAGGGUUUAGAUCCUAAGUUAAUUGAAAGUUUGAUUGGUCGAUCUAAGAAACGUGAAGGAACGGGCCAUGGACACAAUGGCCAUACCCAUGAACAUGCAGAAGGAUACCAUGGAUGGAUUGGAUCGAUGAAGACUUCUGAAGGAUUAACAGAUUUGUCUCAAUUAGACAAGGAAGAUGUGGACCGGGCAUUGGGUAUCAGUUCGUUAUCUUUAAACGAAUCUGAUGGCAACAACAAUAGUACGAAAAAAGUCACUUUUGAUGAUAAUAUCAAGACAGUCAAGUUUGAAGAUUUGGAUGAAGGAAUUGAAUUGGACCCAAAUGGGUGGGAGGAUGUCACUGAUGUCAAUGAAUUAGUUCCUAAUAGUGAUCAUAUUGCACCUGACGAUUAUCAAAUUAAUCCUGAUAGUGACGAUGAAGGAUUGAAUAAUACUGUUCAUUUUACAAAGCCGAAACAACCUGAGUUGGACAUAAAUGAUCCCGAUUUUUUUGAUAAGCUACAUGAAAAAUACUAUCCUGAUUUACCUAAGGAAACGGACAAGUUGUCAUGGAUGACACAACCAAUGCCAAAACAAGUAUCUACUGUUUAUGAAUCAAUAUCUGAUAUGAGAUUUGAUUUUAAAGGAGAUUUGAUUGAGUUGAGUGCAGAGGGAGAAGAAUCAAAAGGGAGUUCGUCAGAUAUACCUACUUAUAUGGGUCUCCAUCAUCAUUCAGAGAACCCACAUAUGGCUGGGUAUACUUUAGGUGAGUUGGCCCAUCUAGCCAGAUCGACUCUAGCUGGACAAAGGUGCUUGAGCAUCCAAACAUUGGGGAGAAUAUUACAUAAAUUGGGAUUGCAUAAAUACAGUAUUCUACCAACAACAGAUUCAGGCGACCCAAGCUUUACUGAUGAAAUCAAACAACUAUCAAAUAGCUUUGAAGAUAUGAUGUGGGACUUGAUAGAUCAAUUGCGAAUCAUUGAAACAAUAACAGAGGCAGCUGAUGAAAAAAAGACCAGAAACUUAUCUGUGAGAAAUUACGCAAUAGAGGCAUUGUGGUUAUAUAGAACUGGAGGUGGAAGACCAGAGACAACUAAACAAACUGAAGAGGAUUUGAUAGCACAAGCAGUUCAGAAAUAA